AUGGUGUUCCGAACCAUCCGGAAGGAGAGGGACAACCUGCCUUACAGGCGGCAGAGUGUCAUCUCCUUCUUUGCCAUAGUAAAAGUUGCUGGUCACGCCGUUGCUGGCGAAAUCACUUCGGAGAAGCGCGACGAUAACGACAAGAAGAUUGCAUACACGGUCAGGCUGUAUGGCAUGGAAGAUCAGCACCUCGUCAGGAAAGAAGUGACAAUUGCAGUGGCUGAUGUGAAGCACUCCUGCGGAACAGGAUUCGAGAAAGCAGUGGAGGAGCUGCGCGACAGGGCCGAGAAGCUCGAGUUGAGUUGGUCCAGAAUUGGAAGGUGGUCAAACAUGAGCGGGCCAAUGGCAAAUGCUGUAACUUUAGCGAAUAGUUCGGGUCAAUGUGGAGCCAGAGGUGCUCCUUGCUGA